CGGUAACCUCAAAAGUUCAAAAAAUGUGAAGCACAUGCCAUGAUAAAGUGUGAAUUUUGUGUACUCUUUAGAACUCUAGUAUAAUUAUUUUAUGGUGAUCUCAGUACUAAGUCCCAAAAAUUUCUAAUUCAUCGAAAUCAAUGGUUAAAGUGACAUUAUUUAGUUACUUUUUCGGGCCCAACGGAGAAGGUGAUCGUGCGUACCCUCUGCGUUUAUUCACUCUAAUCUGAACUUCUAGCUCUUACAAUUUCUUCGGAACACAUUGAAAAUGGAAAGCAAUCCUGUUGCAAGCUGUUCUAAAACUACUGUCGAAGUUUCCAAGCAGGUGGCCUCAGUGGAUGAAGAAAUGAAAAGUAAAGUAGAAUUUCAUCCUAAAGUUGAAGCUUAUCGUAAGCUUGUAUGGAGGGGCAUUCAUUAUGGUCGAUAUUCAGAAGCUUUGUUUUGGGCAGAGCAGGCAAUGUUUUUGAGCAAUGAGGAUCAGUGCGAUGUUUACUUGUGUGCCAAAUGCAUGUUCCUGAAUGAAGACUAUCACCGCGCUUACCAUCUCAUAACUAGCCGAGGACUAGAGAAGAUCAACCAACUAUGUCUGUACAUUGCAGCAAAAUGUCUGUUUGAAGCUAAGGAUUUCUCCGGGGCUUUGGACAUUCUCAUUCGCAACGAAGAGGAGGUGAGCAUUCCAUCCUGCAGCCUGAUGGAGCCUCAGGAUCGGGGCCACGAGUUGAUUGAGAGCGAUGACGAUGAUGAUGACGACGAUGAGGAAGAUGAUGAGGAAGACAAUGAUGAUGAUGAUGAUGAAGAGGAAAAUGUUGAAGACGAAGAGAGGGCUGAUGCAGGCAUCGGGGAAGAGGAAGUCAACGGUGAAGAGUGUGAAUUUGAGGAUGAUGAUCCAUUUCAUUCACCCAUGGUGGAAUCAGACAUUCUCUUCCUGAAAGGGCAGAUUUACCAAGAGAUGAACUUCUUAGAGUACUCUUCGAAUAGCUUCAAACAGACACUGAUGAAAGACAUUUACCAUGCUGGAGCAUUCACCGCUCUAACAAAGCAUCAAAUGUUGACUGAAAAUGAAGAAAGUGAUCUCUUAGACUCUUUAGACUCUUUUAGUUCCAAUUCCAAUUCAGAAGAUGUCAAGUUUGUAAAGUCAUUGUACGCCAAUAUUUUGUACAAGUACAAGAAACCUCCAGAAAUAGACCCUGAUCUUGAAGAAAGUUGUGAUAUUCUGAUUGCCAAAGCUCAAAGACUUUAUUAUGAGUGUCGUUACCAACAAUGUUUUGACAUAGUGGAUCAAGUCCUGAAAAGAGAUAUUUACCACCCUAGUGCCUUACUCCUUCGAAUAGUCUGUCUAGUCGAACUGAACAAAACGAAUAAACUAUUUUACCUCGCGCAGAAACUGGUGAAAACGCAGCCGGAGGAGGCACUCUCUUGGUUUGCGGUCGGCUGCUACUACUACGCCACAGGUAAAAAUGACCCUGCACGGAAGUACUUCACGAAAGCAACAGCAUUGGACAAACUGUUUGGACCAGCCUGGCUUGCGUACGGUCACUCAUUUGCUGCCGACGGUGAGCAUGAUCAAGCUAUGGCAGCAUACUUCAAGGCACAUCAAAUAAUGAAGGGGUGCCACCUUCCUCUGCUGUAUCUAAGUUUAGAAUGCGCUUUCACAAGCAAUUUGAAACUAGCGGAAAAUUAUGUGAAACAGGCUGCAAAGAUCUCUAAGAAUGACCCGUUUGUUAUGCAUGAAAUGGGAGUCAUAGCAUUUUACAAUCAAGACUAUGUAGCUGCAGAAAACUUUUUUGAGCAAACCUUGAGCCGGGUGCGUGAAAUCAAUGAGUCCCUUAUCUCAGAGAAAUGGGGAUCAUUAUUAAAUAACUUAGGUCAUACAUGUCGUAAACUGAAAAAGUAUGAUAAAGCGCUGGAGUACCAUCAUCAGGCACUUUUGCUGUCGCCUCUGAAUGCAUCGAUCUUAACAUGUAUUGGUUUCGUGCAAGCUCUCAUGGGAGACAACAUGACCGCCCUUGAAACUUUGCAUAAAUCUCUGUCUUUAUGCAGGGACAAUGCGUUUACCAUUACGAUGAUAUCUUAUGUUGCCGACGCUCUUGUGCAAGUCAGUCCAGUCUCAGAUGGUGAAGAAUCUCAAGAUUCAUCGUAUCUAAUGGAAAUCUCCAAACCUGCGAAAGAAUUAUCUGAAGACUCAGAUAUGAGUUCUAAAAUGGUGAUUUCAACGGAAAGUGUCAGUAAAAACUUGUUCGGUGGGGCCUGAAUACUUUGACAAGACUUCAUAUGUCUUUCAUUAAAUUUUCAAAACACGCCAUUUUCAUCGGCAUUUAGCCCUAUAUUUGGUACUGGGCUUAAGCAGCGAGAAAAAAAUGCAGAAUACCUCUUUAGCUUUAGAAACUGCUACACUCGAGUAGAGUGGAAUGGAAUUCCAAAUCACAAACGGGAAAAUUUUUUCAUUUAAUUUUCCUGAGGACCCUAGUGAGGCUUUGUAAGCUAAAAAUGAUACAAACUUAUUUACUCAGAUCUGCACCAACUUUGGACUGAUCUUUUGAAUGAAAAUAACUUUUGUGUUUACAGUAUCCAAAUUUCUCUAUCCUUCCCAUAGAUCUAUGUUUUAGCUAUGUAUUAGUAAUAAAAUGGUCCAGUAAACGUAUGCCCCUUUGUGGCGGAAAGUUGUCAAGUUGUCUGUACCAGAUAAGGAGGGAACAUUUUUAAAGAUAACUGAAGAAUAACAUUUUUUAAAAAUUGUUAUCAUUAUUAUAAAAAGAAUAGGUGUCCUCUAGUACACGACCAAUUUCUUUUGAAUUAUUUUGAUUAAAUCUGGGCGAACUUGCUGUCUGUCAUAAAACUACCUCUUUUUUAACUUGUAAAUUCAUUUUCAAGUGAGCUAUUCGUUAAAUCGAUCGUGUUCAGUUCACCGAACAACAGUGACCAAAUUUCAAGUAAACUCCUGUAGGCAAAGUGCCUCAUCGAUACUAAACUCGGAAAAUUAAAAUUGCAGUCUAACCGUUUGGAAACCUCCACCUCUGUCUUACUUUCAUCACUGAAAACCAAACACAUUACUGCCGGAAAUGUUCAUGAAGCAUUCAUAACAUUAAGAAAAACAUCACCUGAGCUUUAAGGAACUACGCUGAUAGUUUUUCUGUCAAAUAAAAUAUUUAUGAUAGGAAAUUCGCUAUGUCCUAAAUUAAGACACAAUAGAGUUUCCAGAGGUUUACCAUCUUUGUUUUAUCUGACAUAUGAGUCAAACAAAAUCAGAACUAUCUAUUUCCUUCUAUUGUUUCCCUAUAGUUUAAAUUACAUUUAAAAAAGAAGUGCAUAAUAUUGUCAGACGUGUUAUUGUUGAGUACGGUUCUCUUUCUGUUUGUAAAUGCAUUCAUCCUCAAAAUGUCAUCCUUAUCUUGUCUCCGGCAAGCAAGAGUCUUAUAGAUGUUUCAAAGUAACUCGCUGUAGCAUUCAAAGAAAAUUUCAAAUCUUCAUGUUAAGGUGUACUCCUGUGAGAGGCUGUGAUUUCUUAUUAAAUAAUAAAAAAAUUUUCCAAGUCCUA